CCUCAUCCCUGACACACCCAUGAUCACUCCUCAGACUGGGGCCACUGAGUUCAGUACCCAUGAACUCUGAACUUCCCAUGCGCUUGCUCCUCCCUCCUGGCACACAGACUGCUGACAAACAUCUCCUCCCACACACACUCCGUCCUCCUCCCUUCUAUUUCAGAGCUUCCACUGGACCUGAGCCUCCCUGUCCUCUGCCGCUACCUUCCCUGUGCCACCCUCCUGGUGUCACCAUCCUGUUGCUCUCCUGCUGUCACCGUCCUUGUGCAGAACGCACGCUGCCAGGAUGGCCACAGUGGACAGAUACCUGCGCCAGCCCUGGAGCAUGGUGCAUGACAUCCCCAUGGUCUACGCCUUUGCCCCAAACUGGGAACGGGUGGACAACUUCCAGAGCCGCCCUGAAGACAUUGUGGUGGCCACCUUCCCCAAGUCUGGCACCACCUGGGUCAGUGAGAUUGUGGACAUGAUCCUGCAAGGUGGCGACCCUGAGAAGUGCAAACGGGAUGCCAUCACCAAGCGGGUACCUAUGUUGGAAUUUGCUGCCCCUGGGGAGAUGCCAGCAGGAACAGAGGUGCUAGCUACCAUGCCCUCACCCCGUGUGGUCAAGAGCCACCUGCCUGCACAUAUCCUGCCCAAAUCCUUCUGGGACAAUGGUUGCAAGAUAAUCUAUGUGGGUCGCAAUGCCAAGGACGUGGCUGUCUCCUUCUACCACUUUGACCUGAUGAACAAGUUUGAACAACACCCAGGAACAUGGGAUCAGUACCUGGAAGCUUUCAUGGCUGGCAAAGUGGCCUAUGGUUCUUGGUUUGACCACGUGCGGGGCUACUGGGAGCGCCGGCAGGAGCACCCCAUCCUCUACCUCUUCUAUGAGGACAUGAAGGAGGAUCUCCGCCGGGAGAUUGCCAAGGUGGCCCAGUUCCUGGGGUGCGAGCUGACCGAGGUGGCACUGGAGGCCAUUGCCCAUCACACAUCCUUUGAGGCCAUGCGGGACAAUCCCAGCACCAACUACAGCACUGUGCCCUCCCACCUCAUGGACCAGGGCGUCUCUCCCUUCAUGCGCAAAGGCAUCACCGGUGACUGGAAGAACCACUUCACCGUGGCCCAGAGUGCACACUUUGACCAGUACUAUGCGCAGAAGAUGGCAGGCACCGACCUGCGCUUCCGCACAGAAAUCUGAGUCUCACACACCUUCAGAUUUCUGCUUUUGCAAAAAUAAAAGAGUUUCACUUCUGCCUUCCCACUGUCUCCCCAGCAUCAUUUCACACUCAUUUGAUAUCAUCUGCAUCACUGUGUUUGUUGAUCAUCACCCACUAGGACACACAUCUAGCUGUGCACACACAGAUUUCUGGGGGGAGGAAUAAAUAAGUCAGAGAUGUGUUUCCAUUACAUGGGAAACAAAUAUGUUUUCCGUCCCCUGUGCACUUCUCUGCUGCCACCCUGCACACAGUAGUCCUGUGUCCACCAUCUUCAUCCUCUUAUAUCAAUCAGCAGGUGCUGAUGAAAAGCCCCCACUGAGGUCACACAGCAGCUGAGCUAUGGGAAAGAGGCAUGGUAAGUGGGAUGGGACGAAAAAAUAUCCCUGGCACUGCCAAGACAGAGUUGUAUUCGUGUUUACUGUCAGGGACCUGGAACAUCCACUGCUGCUGUCUCUCUGAAGGAAUCCCUCUGAAGGUGUGAUUUCUUUCUCAGAUGCAGGUGAAGUGAUCCGAGGCAUUCAAAAAUGACAUUCUGGUUUUACUGGGUGUUGCUUGUUUUGUUCUUAUGCCCUUUAUUUCUUACAACAACACAACCACCAGUCUUUCAUUCACAUUCCCUGACACUCCACAGGCAUUCCUCAGGCCAUCACCCCCUGGCCAUGUAUUUCUGUGCUGAAGAAAUCUGUAUGAAUGCUGGAUUGCUUCUGGCAGUCCCUCUCUCAGUCCCUCAGCACCACAACAUGACGACUGGCUGCAGGAAUUUCCUUUCAUUUCUAUUCCCGCUGCUUCCAGAAAACACCACUGACUGCUUUUGCCAGACUGCUCCAACGCGCAUGCAAAUGACUUGGUUUUAAUUUGUUCCAGGCACUUCCUGUCCUCUACAAACCCUUUGCAUGCCUGUGGUGAUACAAAGCCAGGCCUUGCAACAUCCCCUCCUCUUCCCUUCCUCUUGCUUCUCAAGUGGCACGUUGCACCCACAUCAGCAGAAAAAAAAAUUCUCUCUUUUGUAAUUCCCCCUAUACAGAGAUGGGCUCUGCUCUGCCUCCAGACUGCUUUCUUAGACUACAAAGCCUGCAGGUGGAUAAAGUAUGGCAUCAGAGAUAGGUACAAUUGGUGAAUUUGGUCAAAAUUUAGCAGAGAUCUCAUUUGUUUUUCAUUCUCCUGUGGAGCUACUAAUAUAUAAAUGCAUUAUGAAAUGUGAGUAAAUUCCUGCAUGGCUCAAAGCAAUGGCUGCUGCACACCCAUUGCCAGAGCCCAUGACAGCCUGGUCUUUGCCUGAUUGCUCUGUGGGACAACUCCCUGCUGAGUCCAAACUUCACACACUAAAAUCAAUCACCUCUGAGCUGACCUGGCUCAGGGAAAGCUCUGACACAGACAGGGCUGAAAAGGCACUGGAUGGCUUCCAUCACACCUACACCCUCCCAUUUGCAGAUCCAGUGGUCCCUGUGGCACAUAACAGUCCUGCAGGAGGGCUGACACCAGUCUCCCCUAGCAGGAUGCAGCACUGACUGUACACAAAGCUUGGACUGGAUCCUUUCUCAUUUUGGUUUUUUUUUCCCUUUGCAGAGUGGAAAGGCCCAAGCAUGAGCUAUCCCAUUGUCUGUAUACUUACAUGCAAAGGUGUCCAUGCAGCAUCUGAGCAGCAGUGGAGAGAAUUAAAAAAUCUGAAACUAGACAAGGAAAUAUUGUAAGCAUAGGUACAUUUUGUCCUCUUGCAAUGCUGCGAUAAAGUCACAAGCUGGCUGAGAAAUGGCAUUAUGGUACAGGUCCCAGCUCAUCACCUUUUGCUGGAGUUUCCUUCUUACAUUUGGGGAUUGCAAGGGCAUCAGUUUUCUACUGCAGACAACGUGUUGCUCCAUCUAACUUCCCAUCUCAACCCGCACUUGGGGAUGAAACAACCUCCAAACAACCUCAGUCUUCUCCACCCACACAUUGCCCUCUCUUUGAAACACUUGUCUUUUACCACUCAAGACUUCCAAGUUCCUGUUUAGCCCCAAGACUGCUUUCUUAAAAUAACAGAUAGGAAACAUGCUGUAAUUUGGUGCUUCUCAGGGCAAAUGCCUCCCUUCUGAGCUCAGGUGCUGAAUUUUUGAGGUGCCGGUGGUCAUCGAGGCUUACUUGCUGUCACAUUUGGGUGGAUGUGGAAGAUGUGGAAGACAUUUUUGUACCUGUGUGUGAAAAACAUGAGGCCGGAUGCCCUACCCUUUGUGUAAUUAAACUUGAGUAACCUACAGCUAUUAGAGAUCAGAGGUUGCAUCAGCCAUUAUGCUGAGUAAUGCUAGAUAUGUAAAAUGCAGGCACCUAAUACCAUUCACUUUCUUCAGCUUACUUUUCUUUUGUUUGCUAGAUUUCAUCUUCAAAUCCUCUUAAAGCUUAUCUUUUCUGCAUUAAGAGUAAUGUGAGCACCACCUUUAAAACAUGUCCUUUUAAAUCCUACCCUUAAAGGAAGGCUUUAACCCUCUGGUUCCUCUGGCAAUAGCUCUCAACUUCUACAGAAGAAUUUGUUACUGGGAGUUUAGAAACAAAAUCUUACAAAAUUCAGCACUAUGUUGGUAAAGAUGGUGAAGAUGUAGAGUGCAAGAUAUAUGAGGAGUGGAUGAGGUCCCUGGGUUUGCUC